UUCGGGGAACACUUCCGGGUCGUUCCCGCCCCGGCAUCUUCCGCGCGGUCCUGGUUAUCUUGCGGCCACGCGGUGUUUUCUGGUCCCUGCCUCUGGCGUAGGGGUUCUUUGUUUACUUCUUCGAUUCAGGACUUCAGCUUCUCCCACGAAGCGAAUAAUUACACGAAGACAUAGAUACCUCUCCCUCGCCAAACCCCCAUGACACAGGGCUAGUGGGUUUCCGCCCUUCUGCGCAGCCUUUCUGCCUGGAGCUGCGCAGGAAAGGACUCUACUAGACUAUCAGUUGGAGACAGUGUCAUGGAUGUUCUGCGCCCACAGAUUAUAACAUUCGAUGGACGGAAUUAUAGGAAGAAUCCCAUCCAGGAAAAAAAUUAUCAGCAUGAAGAAGAUGAGGCUUACUAUCGAGACUCCAUGGAGUAUUCUGAUGAGCCCUGUGACGCCUACGAGGUGGAGCAGACCCCUCAAGGAUUCCGGGCCACUGUCAGUGCCCCGAGCGUGCUCUACAAGCACAUAGUUGGAAAGAGAGGGGAUACCAAGAAGAAAAUUGAAGUGGAGACUAAAACAUCUAUUAACGUUCCUAAACCUGGACAUGGAGGAGAGAUUGUGAUCACUGGUCAGCAUCGAAAUGGCGUAAUUUCAGCCCGAACGCGGGUUGAUGUUCUCCUGGACACAUUCAGAAGGAGGCAGCCCUUCACUCACUUCCUGGCCUUUUUUCUCAAUGAAGUUGAAGUUCAGGAAAGAUUUCUGAAGUUCCAGAAGGAAGUGCUGGAGAAGUGCUCCAUGGCAGUUGUGGCUCCUUUGGGGUUAGUACUGUGA